AUGUCUCGUUCAGCUGCCCAUGAUGCGCGAAACAGAGGCUUCCGCGAAGCGUUUGCCACGCCGUUCGAGUUCAAAGACAGUUUGUUGCCCACUGGCGAACUGAUUCCCAAAGAGGCACAGAAGCUCCAUCUCCAACAUGAGGUCGAAGACGUCCCAGCGGGCAGAGGCGCACGGAUUCACUGGCUCGGAGACCGGUCGGCAUCCAAGGUGCUUCUGUAUUUCCAUGGCGGUGGCUUUUGCUUUCCCCCUCUCAAGGGCCAUGUUCGCUUCUGGAACGAAAGCUUGAAGGCGUUGAAUCCGAAGAGCGACUUCGUCAUUGCCGCUCUCGAGUACGGCCUGACCAAGCAAAUAAGGUAUCCCGUCCAAAUCAUACAAGGGACCGAGGCCUUACGAUUCAUCUUGGACAAAGGCUACGCCCCAUCCAAUGUUGUUAUCGGCGGAGAUUCCGGAGGAGGAAGUCUGGCGCUGGGGGUUGUGUCCAUACUGCUGCACGGACUGGACGGAGUGCCGCCGUUGAAGUUGAAGGAGCCCCUUGCCGGCGUCCUGCUCUACUCGGCCAUGGUCAGCUUCGGCACGGAAAGUGAGUCGUGGACGGCCAACAAAGACAAAGACUGCGUCGCCCCCAUCAGCAUGCAGAAGCUCGGCCCUGCAUACGUCGAUGAGAAAGAUCUCAACGAAUAUUCGGAUCCCCUCCGCGCCGACGCCGCGUGGUGGAGAGGAAUCCCGGCCAAGUCCAUCUUGAAUAUCUACGGAGGUGAGGAAUGUUUCAAGUCGCAUAUAGUCGAGUUCGGGGACAAGCUCGUGGAGGCCGGCAACCCAGUGGAAAAUGUGGAAUGCUCUACAGAAGUGCACAUCGACUGGGUUCUGGACCUCCAGGCUGGCUUGGAGCCAGCCGAGAUGCGCGUCAGGAUACUGGAUUGGUUGUCGAAAGUGUUCGGGAACGGAGGAAACGGCAAAUAA